AUGCCCCCAAAACGCAAGGGGGCGGCUGCCAAUGGCGCUGAGAAGGCGCUAGAGCCCAGCCCUGGGAGCGAGAGCGGCCGCCGGCGCGCGGGGGCCGAGCCCGUGGGCCCCAGCCCGCAGGCGGCCGCCGAGCCGCUGUCCGGCGGCGGCGAGCAGCCCGGCAAGAAGCGACGCAAGGAGCGGGGGAUCCCAGGGGACGGCUGCACCACAUCCGCGGCUGCGGGCGCCGCUGAUGCCACCGGUCCUCCCGACGACCUCAUGUCGCCGCUCAGCGGGCCCAACAGCCACGAGGCAGCACCCACCAACCGCCGCACAGGCGACCACCUGAUGGAGGCCGUGGUCAAGGUCUUCACCGUGCACAGCGAGCCCAACUUCAGCCUGCCCUGGCAGCGCAAGCGCCAGUUCUCCUCCUCGGGCUCCGGCUUCGUCAUCGCAGGCCGCCGCCUGCUCACCAAUGCACACUGCGUGGACCACCACACGCAGGUCAAGGUGAAGCGGCGCGGCAGCGACACCAAGUACGUGGCGCAGGUGCUGGCCAUUGGCAUGGAGUGCGACAUAGCGCUGCUGACGGUGGAGGACGAGAGCUUUUGGCAGGGGCUGGAGGCGGUACACUUUGGGGGCCUGCCGCUCCUGCAGGACAGCGUGACGGUCAUCGGGUACCCAAUCGGCGGCGACACCAUGUCUGUGACUUCGGGGGUGGUCAGCCGCAUUGAGGUGACUGGCUACGCGCACGGCGCCGCCGAGCUGCUGGGAAUCCAGGUGGACGCCGCCAUCAACAGCGGCAACAGCGGCGGCCCCGCCUUCAACGACAGAGGCGAGUGCGUGGGCAUCGCCUUCCAGAGCCUGAAGAACGAGGACACAGAGAACAUCAGCUACAUCAUCCCCACGCCAGGUGGGACGCCAGGCUGGCGGGCGCCAGGCUGGCUGCGGGGGGAGUUCGACUUUGAGGCACCCGUGAAGCUGCUAGACAAGAUGCUCCAUGCCCAGGCCGAGAACACCACACAGCAGGUGGUUGUGCUGAGCCAGGUGCUGGCUGCGGAUGUGAAUGUGGGGUACGAGGAGGUGGUGAACACGCAGGUGCUCAAGGUCAACGGCCAGGCGGUGAACAACUUGCGGGACCUGGUGGAGGCGGUAGCUGCCAGUACCGGGCAGUACCUGGAAUUCUCCCUGGAGUACAACCAGCUGAUCAUUCUGGACAAGGCGGCGGCUCAGGCGGCCACCGCCGACAUCCUCACCCAGCACUGCAUCGCCCAUGACCGCUCUGAAGACUUGAGAGCAGAGGCGGCGGCGGCGGCGGGGCCAGGGGCUGCGACCCCGGGAGGAGCCACAGCAGAUGGAGCUGCUGACGGGGAGCAGGCUGCAGCGGCGGCGGGUGUGAAGACAGAGGAAGGCGACGGCACUGCAGCGGCGGCGGCGACGGCCGAGAGGAUAAAAGAGGAGGAGGAGGACGGCACGGCGUCCGGGAUGGAUGUGGAGGCUGGGGCGGCAGAGGGAGGGCUGCCAGGCAGCGGCGCCACGCCGAAACAGCCGCCACCGUCGCCGCCGCCCAAGGGCAAGCCACCUUCGCCGCCGCCGCCCAAGCGCAAGCCGCCUUCGCCGCCACCGCCGUCGCCCAAACGCAAGCCGCCUUCACCGCCGCCCAAGCCGCCGCCGCCGCCGCCGCCCAAGCCGCCGCCAAACACGAAGCCCCGGCCGCCGCCGCGGCCGCCCCCAACCUGGGGCCCCGUGCCGCCCAUCCUCCUUCCCAACGGCUCUGUUAUCCGCAGUUUCCAGUUCAGCCUGUGCGGUACCAGCGACGUACCGUACGCCGCAUACACGGCGGAGGACGCGGCGGGCAAGCACGGCACCGCCGUCGUCAAACUCGUGGGCGGUCGCUGGGUGGACGCGGGCAGCGAGGGCUUCACGGACGCCCACGGCUCCCGCAUGAGCCUCUCCUGCUUCGCCGACGGCACCCCCGUGUUCGCGCUGGCCGACGCCGACGGCGCCUUUGCGUCCACCGUGUUCCGGCUCGGCGCCGCCGGCUGGCGCCCCGUGGGCCCCGUCGGCUUCUACCAGUCUGUGUUCGACACGAGCGUGGCGGUGGAUGGCCAGGGCCGCCCCAUGGUCGCCUUCACCAACUCCAAGCGCCAGUUCCGCGCCGCCGUCAUGCGCUUCUCGGGCGGCGCGUGGGGCUACGCCGGCUCCGACGGUGACGCCAUCUCCAAGGCCUUUGCCGACUCGGUGGAGCUGGUGGUGGGCCCCGCGACGGGCGGGCCGGGCGUGGCGGGCGUGCCUUUCCUCGCCUACAUGGACUUUGGAAAGAACUCGGCCGACGUCGAGAAGCUGGAGGGCAGCGGCAAGUGGGAGAGCGUGGGCGGCGAGGAGGCCAUCACCAACGGCCAGCUGCCGCACCUGGCCUUUGCCCCGGACGGCACGCUGUACCUGGCCCACCUCAUCCACCCGGUCUCCACGAUCCGGUUCAUGAUGGUUCGCCAGCACAACCGCACCUCGGACACGUGGUUUGAGAUCGGGGCCGCCCGCCCCGCCCCCGACGGCUUCAUCACGGCCCUCGACAUCGCGGUCGACGCCCGCGGCGUGCCCUGUGUCGCCUUCAACGACGGCGGAGACGAGUACAAGGUCAGCGUGCAGUGCUACAAGCGCAGCACCAACAGCUGGGAGUACGUGGCCAACCGCUACUUCUCGCAGGGCGGCUCCUCCUACGUCACCCUCGACUUUGACCUCACCCACAACAAGCCGUGGGUGGGGUACUGGAGCUCCCUCACCACAGCAGCCUCCCAGCCCACCGUCAUGCGCUACACCGCCUACGACAGCUCCCUGUACACGUGAAGGUUGGGCGGGCGCCGCCCGGGGAGCGCCCCUGGGGCGGCGAGCUGGCGCUGAGUUGGCGCUGAGCUGGCGCCCCCGAUCUGAUCAACACUCCCAGCACUUGUUUCCAUCGGCUUUCCCUCCCUCUCGCCCCCACCCUGGGCCCCGCUCUCUGUUGCAGCUCCCUCCUUCCUGCUGUGUUGUACCUCCUCUCUUCCCUCACUAUUAAGACUGGUCCUGCGGUUA